AACAAUUUGAGAAAGAUAAGGAUGACGAGAGUUUGAGAAGAUGGAAGGAACAGCUUCUUGGAAGUGUGGAUAUUAACGCUGUCGGAGAGUCACUCGAUCCAGAAGUGAAGAUGUUGAGCCUUGAAAUUAAGUCCCCGGGUAGAGCUAAUAUCGUUCUUCCAAUUCCAGAGGACGGAAAACCGAAAAGUCCAUGGUUUGUCCUGAAAGAAGGGAGUAAAUACAGCCUGAAAUUCACGUUCCAGGUCAACAAUAAUAUAGUGACCGGUCUCAAAUACACAAACACAGUUUGGAAAACUGGUAUCAAAGUGGACAGCAUGAAAGAAAUGAUCGGGGCCUUUAGUCCUCAAACCGAGCCAUAUACACAUGAGAUGCCAGAAGAGAUUACCCCAUCUGGCAUUUUCGCAAGAGGAUCUUACUCGGCUAGGACAAAGUUCCUCGAUGAUGAUAACAAAUGCUAUUUGGAGAUCAACUACACAUUUGAUAUCAAGAAAGAAUGGCAGGCAAUAUGAAGAAAACAAUCUGUCGUUGCUCGAAUCGAACCUUCUUGAUUUUAUUUUUUUUCAGUUUUUCAGUAAGAGGAGAUCUUUAGCAGUUAGACUUUUGUUUGUUGGUAAGUGUUAUUCAAAUAAAGCUUUUUCUUUUAUGUGA